GGCUCGCCGCAUGCUAAAGCUGCCUCCGAGCGAGAUGCCGUGGCUCCCAGGAGCCGUGUCGGCCGCUGCUUCAUCAAAGAGUGCAGACGGUGGCAGCAGCGAUCUCGACGCCACCGGCGGCUGCGCCGUCUGCUGCAGCUCCAGCGAUGGCGGCGACGGGUGCGCCGGCUGUGCCAGGAGAUCCGCUGCCGGAGCCGCUGCGAGCGUUGCGGUGCGAGCCGAUGCGCGAGGCGUCGACUCGAGCAGCGAUAUGCGGGCCGCGUGCGGCUGCGCCACGAUGGCCGUGGCGUCCGAGAUCGUCCAGUUUGUUGGGCUGGCGCUUGUCUUCCUCUUUGUGCAGUGGCGGACGGGCUAUUCGCCGCUGCAGGCGACGGCCGCCUUCAUCGACGCGAUCCGUUCGCUCGGCCCCGUCCUCGGAGGCGCCGCCUACGUCGCGCUGCUGGCCGCGCUGCAGACGGUUCCUCUCGCAGCCGGCUUUUACUUGGUGCUCCUCGCCGGCGCGGCCUUCGGCGUGCAGUACGGCACCUUCCUCGUCGUGGUGGGCUCGACCCUCUCCACCUUAUUCUGCAGCCUCCUCGCGCGCGCGAUGGCGCGCACCCGCUACGAGCGACGCAUGCUGCGCGGCUCGCCGCACCUCGCCGCCCUCAACACCGCCCUCGGGACGGAGCCCUUCCGGCUGGUGCUGCUGCUGCGCCUCUCCACGUUUGUGCCCUUCACGUGGUCCUCCUACCUGGUCGGCCUCUCGCACGCCGACAUGCCCCGCCUCCUCGCCGCCACCGCCAUCGGAUCCGCGCCAAACUCGCUCGCAUACGUCUCGAGCGGCGCCCUCGGGGCAGAGGCACGGCGCGACGCUCAUCAAAAGGUGGUUGUGGCUGGCGGGCCGCCAGCCGACCCGGCGCUUCUCCUUCUCGGCGCCGUCGCCGCCGUCCUCGCCGCAGCGCUCCUCGGCCGCACUGCCGCGGAUGCAAUGCGCUCGCGAGGCGCCCCAUGCGACCGCAGAACCUCCCCACACACGCGCCUCUCCCUCGAGUCCCUCGAGUCCACCGGUGCCCCGGCCAACCUCGGCGGCGGAAGCGGCGGCGGCAGCAGCAGUGCGGGGGCGUCGCCGCCGCUGGGCGCGCGCAGCGGCGUCGAGCCGCGCAGAGUCGCAGAAGGGAAGCGAGCCGUGUCGCCUGCGAUGGUGUGA